AUGGCGAAGCGACUGUUGAAGGAACGCUCCAAAAUUGAGAAAGAACAGCCGUUUGGCUUUUUGACGGGCAUUGAGCUGGUCGGAGACGACUUGUUUCGCUGGCAUUGUCACAUUCAAGGCCCCGAAAACUCUCCGUACGCCGGCGGCCGAUUCGUGUUGCUGUUGGAUUUUCCGACGCAGUAUCCCUUCAAGCCACCCAAGCUGGUGUUCCAGACGAAAGUCUACCAUCCCAGUGUCCAGACGGAGACUGGUGAAGUGUGUGGAGAUGUGUUGGGUACUUGGGGACCGACGCUGAAUGCUCAGCACUGUCUGCAAGUGGUCUUCAGCUUGCUGCAGUCGCCCCAGACCGAUCAUCCCUUGGAGGAGGAGAUUGCCAAUCAAUUGGAAAAGAAACCAAAGGAAUUUGAGAAAAUGGCCAAGAAAUACACCAAAGACUAUGCCAAGUAG